GUCUAACUCUAGUCUUACCUCUUGCAAAUUGGAAUUCCAUUCUCUUUCCGUCCUACAGGCAGGGGACAGAAAACCCCAAGGGUCAGAUCAACUGUGCGAUGGCAACGUCCAUCAUCUCAGGGCUGAUGCUUGGGGUAGGAAUGAGAAAUUUAGGGCACUUGUAUCAGCUUCUAAAGGGGUUCCCCUGGGGGAAAGGCCCUGAGAGCCAGCCCAGGUCACUCCUCCCAGCCCCUCCUUUCUCUGUCCCUGGAGAGGGGAACCCACCUUGGCCACGCCCCACCCCACCCCCCACCCCCAAGGGGCUGAGCAGGAGGAGCUUUGCUGGGGACCUUGCCCUGGCUUAGGCGGCUACUGUGGGCGGGCCCCUGGCCUUUCCAGCCCGGGCCUCCCCCUGCAUUCUAGAGCCUGGAUCCGCUGCCUUUGCUGCUGCCACUGCAGGGCUGCCGUCUCUCCUCUUCAGCCUCUGACCACUUGCUGCUCCCUACCCCCACCCCGCUGCUCCUGUUACCUGGCCAUGACCUCGGCCCCCCCAGGGAUCCUGGCCCAGCCCUGAGCCCUGGAACCCCCAGUCGCCUCCCUUGGCCAUGGCCAACUCCGGCCUUCAGCUCCUGGGCUACUUCCUGGCUAUGGGUGGCUGGGUGGGCAUCAUCGCCAGCACAGCCCUGCCGCAGUGGAAGCAGUCCUCCUACGCCGGCGACGCUAUCAUCACCGCCGUGGGCCUCUACGAAGGGCUCUGGAUGUCCUGCGCCUCCCAGAGCACAGGUCAGGUGCAGUGCAAGCUUUAUGACUCGCUGCUUGCCCUGGAAGGUCACAUCCAGUCAGCACGAGCCCUAAUGGUGGUGGCUGUGCUCCUGGGCUUCGUGGGCAUGGUCCUCAGUGUCGUCGGCAUGAAGUGCACCCGGGUCGGAGACAGCAACCCCGUCGCCAAGGGCCGUGUCGCCAUCGCCGGGGGUGCCCUCUUCCUCCUGGCGGGCCUCUGCACAUUGACGGCUGUCUCAUGGUAUGCCACCCUGGUGACCCAAGAGUUCUUCAACCCCAGCACACCUGUCAAUGCCAGGUAUGAGUUCGGCCCGGCCCUGUUUGUGGGCUGGGCAGCCGCCGGCCUGGCCCUGCUGGGCGGCUCUUUCCUCUGCUGCACGUGUCCGGAGCCUGAACGAGCCAACAACAGCCCACAGCCCUACCGGCCAGGCCCCUCCACGGCUGCCCGAGAACCAGUUGUUAAAUUGUCCGCCUCCACCAAGGGCCCCCUGGGUGUGUAAUGUCCAGGUUCCCAGCCUGGCUCUGCCCCGCCUUGCCACACCUAGACUAUGUGCUUGAUAUUUUUUUUUGGAAAGAAAAGUGAACAUCCAGCUCCGAGUGUGGUGUCAUUUGAUCCGUCUCUGGAAUGGCAGAGCUGGACCCUGGGCUCCUUGGGCACAAAGACAGGGAGACAGGUCCAGUAAGGGUUACACAGCACAUGCAAGCUGGUCAGGAUCCUCCCUGACCGUCCUUGGGCUGGCACCAGCACCUCCUUGGUCAGAGACGCAGCGCUGCUGCUCUGGCUGUCCUGGAGCCCUCCUGGGAAAGGGGGUGAUCCCAGGGAGGCCCUCUCACUUGGUGCUGGGGGUCAGAGCCGGGUGAGAGCACACCGAGGAGGCGUUGGCUGCCGGGAGAAGUGCCUGAGGGAAGGACGUUAGGGCCUUGCAGGAGUGGCGGAAGCUCUGCUCCCAGCCCAGGGCUGCCACCUCUCCCACAGCCACUGUCCUCUUCCUCUCCAGUCUGUUGAGACCCCACCGUUCCUGCCCUGGAACCAGAGUAGGGAGGGGUAGCCUGAGGCUGCUUGAGACAGUGGCUGGAGCUGUGGCCUCACACAGGGCUGCGGGCAGAGCUGGGAGGGCUUUGGAUCUUGAAGUACAGUUAUCACCUCCUUAGUACAGAAGCAAGUGUGUGCGCCGGCUUAGUC